AUGUCUCUCCUCUCUAAGCAGGCAACAAGCCUAGUCCGUGCUCCUGCACUGCGCAACGUGAGGCUGAUCGCGAGUCUUUCGGGCCUUGCGCGGGCCCGCAUGCCCGUGCGUAACGCGCUUGGAAAUAUUAACUUUGUAACCGCUCUGAUUGACCCCAGCAAAGAGCGUGCAGAAAAGGUGCUUGAGACGAAGCGCAACUCUUUCGUGCUCUCAGCGUACAAAGACACGGUCGUGUAUCCCAGCGCACAAGCGUACAUUGCCGAUCUCAAGCCCGAGCUGCACCCGCACGUUAUCUGGGUUGGUUCUCCUCCUGCGUAUCGUGGCAGUAUGGCUCCCGGUCACGAUCUGGAGCGCGUUCUGACCGAUAUCCUACCCGGCGUGCCACUGUUUAUUGAAAAGCCCGUCGCCACAGGCCCUGUUGAGGAUGCGUUCGAGGUUGCUGAUAUGCUUAUCAACAGUGGCAACCUUGUGAGUGUUGGCUACAUGUUGCGCUACUUGAAAGUCGUGCAAAAGAUGAAACAGAUCCUUGAUGAGAACAACCUAGAGGUGAUGUCUGUGAAUGCCCGCGAGCAAACUGCGAAACUGGACUGGUGGGACAAAUCGCAGAACCCAGGCCCGAUUGUCGAACAGGCCACGCAUUUCUGCGACCUGUGCCGCUACUUUGCAGGCGAAGUGGACUUGGACUCGGUGUCUGCACAUGCACUGGAAUACAAUGAGCCUGCUGGAAAGCUGAGCAAGAUCCCGUUCGACGAAUCUUUGAUCAAACCCGAGAAUCGUAUUCCGCGCAUCACUGCGGCUACGUGGAAGUUUGAGACGGGCGCCGUCGGUUCUUUGACCCACGCUGUCGCCUUACAAGGGCACAACUACUCUACAGAGCUGGACCUGUAUGCGGACGGGCAUAUGCUUCGUCUCGUGGACCCAUACAACAACCCAGUUCUCUACUUCCGCCGUCCCGGCGACGACCACGAGGAAAUUGUGCGCUACCCUAACGACGAUCCGUUCUUCUCCGAGGUCAGCAACUUGAUCGACUGCAUCGAGCACGGGCCCAAUGCAGCCCCGAUUUUGAGCUCGUACGAGGAUGCGACCAAGACCUACGCGCUAACCUGGGCGAUCCGCAUGGCCAGCGAGCGCAGUACAAAGAAGGUGGCGUAG